GUCUUUCUAGCUAUGACAUGGUGCACUAUGGCCACUCGAACCAGCUACGCCAGGCUCGAGCCAUGGGAGAUUAUCUGAUUGUUGGAGUCCACACAGAUGAGGAGAUUGCCAAGCACAAGGGCCCCCCUGUCUUUACACAGGAGGAGAGGUACAAAAUGGUGCAAGCCAUCAAGUGGGUGGAUGAAAUUGCUCCAGGAGCUCCCUAUGUCACCACACUGGAAACCCUGGACAAAUAUAACUGUGACUUCUGUGUACAUGGUGAUGACAUCACCUUAACAAUAGAUGGCAAGGAUACCUAUGAGGAAGUGAAGACCGCAGGGCGAUACAGGGAAUGCAAACGCACCCAAGGUGUGUCCACUACUGACCUCGUUGGCCGCAUGCUGCUCAUGACUAAGGCUCACCACAGCAACAUAGAUGAGGACCUAGACUAUCGGAAGCACACUGACAACUUUGGGAAGGGGCCAAAAGGUCACAGUCCCUGGACUGGCGUCUCACAGUUCCUACAGACAUCUCAGAAGAUCAUCCAGUUUGCAUCAGGGAAGGAACCACAGCCAGGAGACACCAUCAUCUAUGUGGCCGGAGCGUUCGACCUGUUCCACAUUGGGCACGUAGAUUUCCUGGAGAAGGUUCACCAGCUGGCAGAGAAACCUUACAUCAUUGCUGGGCUGCACUUUGAUCAGGAAGUAAAUCGCUACAAAGGGAAGAACUAUCCCAUCAUGAACAUCCAUGAGAGAACACUCAGUGUCUUGGCCUGUAGGUAUGUCUCGGAAGUGGUGAUUGGAGCCCCCUACGCUGUCACUGCUGACCUGCUGGAUCACUUCAGGGUAACACUUGUGUGUCAUGGGAUGACCGAGGUGGUGCCAGACAAGGAUGGUUCUGAUCCGUACGAGGAACCGAAGAGACGUGGCAUUUUCCAGCUGGUGGACAGUGGCAGCAAUCUUACCACAGACUUAAUUGUGCAAAGAAUCAUCAAGAACAGGUUGGAGUUUGAAGCUAGGAACCAGAAGAAGGAAGCAAAAGAGCUGGCUGUGUUGGAGGCUAUGAAGAGACUGGAAGAGGAGAAACACUAGGCCAGCAGUGAGCUGAUGCGUGGGUUGCAGAGCACCGCAGCCUUACCCUCUUGAGGAGCAGACAGCUCUUCCAAGAGGGGACCCCGAACGGGGACACCGCUGCCAGCACGCAGAGUGUUCUGUCCUACCCUCCUCUCCUAGCUCCUCCUGCACUAAUUAUGCAGACAUAACGAGUUGGGAUCCCGCUGCCUAGUUUUUGCUCCGUUAAUCAGCUCCCGUCCCCUUUCCCAGGAGGAGAUUUGACGACAAAAAAAAGUUUUAAUUAUAACUAAUGUUUUAACAUGUUGAUGUGCUUUUACCUUCUGCCAUUUCUGGCUUUUAGUAGGAGGGAAAUGGAGCAGCUGCCCAGGCCCCCUCUGCCCCUCCAGGUUCAAGUGUCCUGACUGGAGUCCGCUUUCCAGAGCAGCCCUUC